UUUUCUGCUUUUUCUUCUCCAUCUCCAAGCACUUCCAGAUGUGGCCUCCACACGUAACAGCAUGGCCAUAUUUGGUAUGGCAGCAGCCCUGCAUUAUUAACAUAUUUUCUGCCUCACUUUAGUCAGCCACAAAGCAUUCCUGACAGCUCCGAGGGCUCCUAAAUGUGUUCUCCAUGGAGGAAAUUCCUUCGAGUUUCCAUGCAAUCUGUCCACCAGGUUUUCCGAACAAAAAAAAAAAACAAAGCAAAAAAAAAAGUGCAACUGUUACCCAGAUUUCCAUAUAAGCUGUUGGGUUCAAGUGAAAAAGAGAGAGAGGGGGAAAAAAAGAAAAGAAAAAAGCACUCAGCUUUUUCAACGAGGUUAAAAAUAAGCACCGAAUUUCAGAGAUUGCUGGCCAGAGCGACAUGAAUGAACACAGAUGAAUAAAGGAGUGUAGGCUGCACGCUGUAACGGGAUGUUCUUGCAGUUAGUGUGCUUUCUUGCUUUCAGUCUUGGUUGUUUAUCUGCAGCAGGAGGUGUGACAUGGUGAGCAUCACGUGGUGUCCUAAACACCAUCACGUCACUGGUUUACCCUGACUGGUUCAUUUCUUCCAGUACUCUAAUGGUUGAUGUUGUUUCUCACGUGAACCGGUUUGAGGAGCAUCGGAUCCGUGCGCGUCCACGUGAGCGUUUGUUGGCGCGCGUCACUAGGAGGCUGUGACACGCCCACCGAGUUGUGUCAGCGCGCGACAGGGAACAACACCAAUCAUAAUAAUAAUAAACAGCCGUCCGGCCGGUGCGUUCAACAGCAGCAAACAGCAAACAAACUAACAAACAAGCAGCAGCAGCAGCAGCACAUCUGUGACGCCGAGGAUGAUGUUCGGGAGCUUCACGCACGCCGUGGUGCGCGCGAUUCCGGCGUCGUUCGCCGCGGGAGCGCUGCGGACCCGCGCGGGGCAGGUGGACCUGGUGCGCGCGCAGCAGGAGCACGAUCACUACGUCCGCGUGCUGCGAGACCGGCUCGGGCUGGAGGUGCUCGAGCUUCCCGCCGACGAGGCUCUCCCGGACUGCGUGUUCGUGGAGGACGCGGCGGUGGUGUGCGGGGACACCGCCCUGAUCACCCGGCCCGGAGCCCAGACCCGCCGCGGAGAGACCGUGGCCAUGAAGAACAUCUUGAAGAAGCUUGGCCUGAACAUCAUGGAGAUGAUGGAUGAAUCGGCUACGCUGGAUGGAGGAGAUGUUCUUUUCACAGGUCAAGAGUUCUUUGUGGGAUUGUCAAAAAGAACCAAUCAAAGAGGGGCACAGAUCCUUGCAGAUACCUUUAAGGACUACGCAGUGUCUACUGUUCCAGUGACCGAAGGCCUGCACCUGAAGAGUUUCUGCAGUAUGGCAGGUCCAGGACUUAUUGCCAUUGGUUCCAGUGAACCAGCCCAGAAAGCCUUAAAGUCAAUGCAGCAGAUGAGUGACCAUAAAUAUGAUAAGCUCACACUUCAUGACGAUGCUGCUGCUAACUGCGUGUACAUGAACCUGCCUGGUAAAGGCCAUGUGCUGAUGCACUGCACACCGGAGGAGUUCCCAGAGAGUGCCAAGGUGUUCGAGAAGCUGAAGGAGCACAUGCUCAUCCCCGUUUCCAACCUGGAGAAGGGGAAGGUGGAUGGAGCGCUCACAUGCUGCUCGGUUCUAAUCAAUAAGCCAGCCAUGGUCUAAGGGGCCGUACCGAGUGCACACUAAAACCCCGCACUGUUGCUUUGUGAGGAGAGAUGUGUGUGGACUGCUUUGCUGUGUUUUGGGAUGAUUAAUGAAGGAACGGAGGCUAAAACAGGAAGAAAUUCACUCGAACGAAUUCUUUAAAUUUUCAUUUGGCUCACAACAAUCAGAUGCAUUAGUGCCAAUCCAACAGCAUUUAGGUUCUGAACCUCUAUUGGCCCGAAAGCCUUGCGCAUUAGGGUUGGGCGGUAAUCCCAUUUUUAAUAACUUUAAACUUCUUAACCUGAUCUUAGGGAAAGUGAGUGUUUGAAUGCAGUCUGAGCGUUUUUUACUCCGUAACUCUUACCCCAGACCUCCGACUGAACAGAUUACACUGAAUUCAAGAUGGAGGUUGAACACUAAAUCACUAUCACACACAUGCACGUUUGAGUGCUCGUCAUUAUUAAGCCUUAUUUAAAAUACUAAGGGUUUUAAAAAAAUUUAUGACGUUUAUAACAAGUGAUUACACAGCACAUUUUUUAUGAUGAUAAUUAAAGUGGGAUAUCGUCGCUGGUUAUAAAAAUACCCCGAAUACGGUUUUACCGCCAAACCCUAUAACGCAUAUUAUCCAUAAACAAGCAUACAAUACAGAACAAAGGUAGAAUUUGACACUUGCUGGGAUUUUGACACUUAAACACUAAGCCAUCACUGCCAGAUGUUAUUGCAGAGAAGCGAACAUCUGCAGUUAACACGUAACAUUUAUGAUUUGUGACGUUUUCAGACCAAACACUUCUUUUUAGCAAUAUUUCUACAUUGUUAAUAGCUGAUAGGUGAAAUAUAGCAAAUUAGAAAAACCGGAUUGAUGAGUCUAUGAUACACGCUACAACUCCCAAAAACCCAGCCGGUGCCAGAAGGAUUCCCCUGAAGAGAGAAGCCAGAAGUGAGCAAAAAUAGUGAAUGGAACACAGCCUAUGAUUUAGCCUCCUGUCGCGCCACGUCCAACACUGUGAUUCCCAAUGCAAUCCUUUAGAAUAUGAAAUUCCUUAUGCUGUACACCCUCUGCUAUUCUUCAUCCCUGGGAGUAGUGGGGCGAUAAGAGCCAGAACGUUUGUAACCGUUUGUAAACCAGACAGAUUUGUAACUCGGCCCUCCACAGUUCAGCGUCUUCUUUGUUCUAGUGCCCUUAAUGCAGUUUCACCCUAGAUCGAGGAAAAUGCUGAACUCUGGGACACGAGACUGGACCUUGAAAAGCCUCACAGAGAUUAUUUCAGCCUCGUUCGCGUGCAGGUGGUGAGGUGUGCCUCAGUACGAACCCCAGUUUCUAACUGUUUACAAUCCUUAAUGUAAUUGAAGAAGAAAAAGCCACUAGAAGACCCUGUCACUGUUCCUGCUGUUUUUACAAUCACUAAAAUUAACAUAGAUUUCUGUAGCCAAAAUAAAGAGCUUUUGCAAUGACCUCA